UUGGGCAAAGAAAGAGGGAGAAAGAGAAAUGGGAGAAGAGAUGGGGGAGAAAACAGAAAUAAGUGGUAAGGACUGAGGAUCUUCAAAACUAGCCCAGAGAUCAGGAGAGACAGAUGGUUAAAGACUGUGACUUUCUAACCUUUUUAAUUCAAAUUAGGAAAAACCACCACCAAGCAUCUGUCCCUGUAGUAACACUGAGUACAUCACGCAGGCUGACCACCACUAGACCAGGUACUGAUAUUGGAUCUCUGAUAACACACACUUUAACGGUACGCACAGAAACAGCCCUCCCACCACACCUGUGAUUACCCUGCUAGAUCAACAGUGCCACACCUUAAAGCAACGGUCAAAACCACAACAGCUGGUGGUUUUAUUUCCAUAUGAAAAUUUGGCUCAUGUGAAUGCACCUUUCCGUGUGUUUCCAUCUCUGCUGUUAAUGACCAUAAAAAUGGACAUUCACCUAAUCAAGGAAGUCUCUUACUGGAAUGGUCAAAAUGUGCAUUAAAAAGCUGGAUGGAAACCAAGGUCAGGAAGGAGGAGCGGAAAUGCAGCACGUCCAUACCAGACAGUCAAAAACACACUCAUUCAAACCCACAACAGUUUGAGACCCUUUCAGUUAUAUAUUUAUAUAUACCCAGCUGGCAUGGAAAACACAUUAUUUUAAGGCACAUGAUGUUGAUGACACACUCUUAGGUUAAGGUUAACCAGACCUCAUUGUUGGACAGAUAAGUGUGCUGCGAAGCCAUCCUGCCACCACUCACUCAGAGCCAGUCAGAACUUAUCUGUAUAAUAUAACUAAUCCAUAUCUGCAAACAUUAGCAUUACACAUCUGGAGAGUCUGUCUGAGCCAUUUCUUGGGUGUUGGGGUAGACCAGGAGAACCAGUCCUAAAGCCACCUCAAGCUAGCAUGCAUCAACUCUGUGCGCAUCAAAACUCCCACAUGGACAACAGUUGUCAUACAAAACAGAAGACAGUUCUCAUUUGCAUUUGGGGAACUCCAUACUAAAUGUCACAGCGAUGUGGGGUGCAGUUCCCUUUUCACUUGGAGGAACUGCUAAGCAGAGCUAAUGUAACGUCAGGCCGAUCCCUGAGGUGUGAAGGAAGUUCCUCACCAAAGUGAAAAAUAUUAUACCUGCCCUGAGUCAUGGCAUGCUUACUGCUGCAGGUCAAAUCUCGUUCAAGUCUGCAAUGCGUACGUGACUCGGGGCUCUGUGAGCACAGACAUCCAGCAGCCCUUAUCAGACUCCCACAGGUCAGGGGUUUCUGCAACCCACACACUUUCAAAAUGAAUAUACGAAUCCAAACUUUUCUCUUUGAAAUGGCAGCUUGUCUGUCUCAUGCCUGACAACACACACGUCCACAUCAUCACUGUAAACAGAGAGAGAGGGAGAGAGGGAGGGAGGGAGGGAGGGAAAGGCAGUCAGCUAGACAGGGGGGUGCUACAGGAAAUGAUGUCAAAGGGCUUUGCCGCGCCAUCAGAAGGCAGCAUCUCUUACACUUCUUCAUUCUGGCGCUGUUUAGUGACCAACUGUCACAGGAGCAUGUGUUUGUGUGAGAUCUCAACUACCAAAGUGUUCUCUCUGAAUGCCAUGUUUCAACACUGAAAAAAAUUGCAUAGCAUACCUACUCCGCCAGUAGGGUUUGCACUCUCUGUCUUCAGAUCCACGGGGGCCCCUUUCCUGUGUUACACCACACCAUGCUGGGAGUGGAGAGGAACGAGAGCAGCGUCACAGACGGCGUGAACUGCACGGGCCUGUAUGACCACCGGGGCGUGGCAAGCGUGCUCAUGCCGCUGCACUACACGCUGGUGUUCGCCCUGGGCCUGCUGGGCAACAGCUUGGCACUGCACGUCAUCUGGGUGCAGCGGUCCAAGAUCAACGCCACCACACUCUACUCGGCCAACCUGGCGGCGUCCGACGUGUUGUUUGCGCUCUCGCUGCCGCUGCGGGCGCUCUACUACGCGCUGGGCUUCCACUGGCCGCUGGGCGAGAUCGCGUGCAAGGUCAGCGGCAUGCUCUUCUACAUCAACACGUACGCCGGCGUCAACUUCAUGACGUGCCUGGCGGUGGACCGCAUGGUGGCGGUGGUGGGCCCGCGGAGGCUGGCCCGGCUCCGGGAGGUGGCCACCGUGCGCUGGGUGUGCCUGGGCGUCUGGCUGCUGGUGGCUGUCCAGACGCUCCCCUUGCUGGCCAUGCAAAUGACCCGCACCGAGGCCGACGGCAGCGUCUCCUGCAUGGAGUACCCGAGCCUGGAGGCGUCCGUGGGCAAGACACUGCCCCACACACUCAUAGGCGCCGUUGCCAUGGGCUACGGGGUGCCCGUGAUCACUAUCCUGGUGUGCUACUCGGUGCUGUGGCACAAGCUCCACAGCGUCACCCGCGUCAACCAGCUAAGUGUGCGCUCGGGACGCAGCCAGAAGGCCAUGGGCGUGACGGCAGGGGUAGUGCUGGUCUUCCUCGUCUGCUUCACACCAUACCACGUGAACUUGCUCCAGUACAUGAUCCGGAAGCUUCUGUACCGGCCCGGCUGCGAUGAGCUGCGCUCUUUCCAGGUGUCGCUGCACGUCACCGUCUGCCUGAUGAACUUCAACUCCUGCCUGGAUCCCUUCGUCUACUUCUUCGCCUGCCAGGGCUACAAGCGCAAGGUGCUAACAUUGUUCAAGAAAAAGGCCCUCCUCUCUAAAAGCAUAUACUCCUCCCCCGAGAGCUCUGGCUCCAAUGUGAACCGCUACAGUCUCCGUAUGCGCCUCAACAGUGUCAGGGACAAGGACAAGGACGAGUCACUGUGAUGGCCAGAGGACUCAAGCUGGGUCCCAACCAAAACAGCCUGGAGUAUUUCGGAUUUGUUUUAUCUGAUGAUGCUUGUUUUCUUUACUGAUGCUGAUUGUUUAGGAUAUGCAGCAUAAAUCCAUUUUUAUGGUACAGAACUGACUGAACACAGGACAAUAAUUUGACAGCAAAUGCUCCACCAUAUUUGGACACAGAUCCAACAUUCUUUGUAAGGCAGAGUAAAAGCUAGAGCGUAAAAGCGCUAAGAGAAUUGACUGCAUUUUCUUAUUUGUGUAUUUCCAUUGAGAAUUUCUAUUAAAGAUUAGACAUGAAUCUAUGAAAGCAAGCUCACAGAGUCUAUAAGGAAAAAAGGACCCGCUGUCAUAGACAUUUUUCAUCUCAAAUGUCAACACAAAAGCUGAAAUCUGAUAAGAGCUGCUGCAAAAAGUAAUAGACGAUAAAAGUACAUGUGGUUUCAAUGCAUUUGAGGCAAAAAAAAAGUUUCCUUUAGUUUGCAUUUGUCAGAUCUCCAAUUUUUUUUUUGAAUAUAAAGUCAACAGAGUGAAUGCAAGUGAAAGCAUGCUCAAAUGAUCACCCUGCUGGUGAGGAAAGGUUGUGAGAUAGUGAGAUUGCAUUACUUGAGAAGACAAAAAGAUAUCUGCACACUAUCUUGUAUGCUCCCAGUUUAAGGUUACAACAU